AAAGCAGCCACACAAGACGCACCUGAGAACACCCACUGUCGCCUGUAUUGGCUUUGGCCACGCCCACUUUCUAUUAUCUUCCACAGCGGCCUCAGGAGAUGAAGUCACAUAAUCCACGAUCCCCACCCAAGGUGGUUGCAGUGCUGUUUGGAUACUCACAGAAAGAAGUAUUAUGUACACACUUUGUCAACGGAACCCGCUGGAGAUCAAAUCUGUGCCAAUCUCACACCAAAGUGACUCCCAGAAACGACUUUAAUAAUCAUAACGGAUAGAUGAAAAAUGGGCUGCUUCACGUUGGUCAAAGGGAUGAUGGUCUUCUUCAACUUGCUGAUUAUUCUGGGGGGUCUGACCUUGCUGGCCAUGGGAAUCUGGGCCAGUGUGGACGAGGGGACCUACCUUCAGCUGCUGGACCCUUUCUCCAGCCGUGGCCUGCAGCAAGUCAACGUUGGCUUUUUCUGCAUCGCCCUCGGAGCCUUUCUCUUGGUGCUGGGACUGCUGGGCUGCUGCGGCGCUGGCAAGGAGAGCAAAUGUCUGCUGCUCACGUUCUUCUCCAUCAUCCUGGUGCUUUUCAUCGCUGAGCUCGCAGCUGCUGUCGUCGCUCUGACCUAUUCCUCAUUUGUACGUUCCUCCUGUUUGAUCCCGUCCAGCACACAUGUACUUUGA